ACAAAAGGCUUCCAGUUCUGUGUAUUGGAAGAUGAGCCGGCAUUUUCUUGCGUUAAAUGCAAGGGAGAGCUCUGCACGUGACUCCAGACAACCAAAGAGAAGUUACUGAGAGCUUGCCUGCAGGCACGAAGGAGAAUGAAGAAGACUGGAUGAUGACUACUGAACGAUACUUGAGAGAGAGAAAAAAAAGAGAGAGAACAAAAGGUCGGCGUGUCUAGUGGAUAUGUGGAAUAGCAAAGUGAAGGAUAAGAAUGCAUUCCACGCCCUGAGAAAAGGGAAGUCACCCUUAUGUAUUCCCAGUGAACAAUGCACGUGGGCCUUGGGGGCUAUUAUUUAUAAACCAUCUCGGAGGCCUUCACUCAACAGAGCGAUACCUGCAGAGAUGCGAUGCUGGAACGAGACACGUAACCCUCAAUUACUUAUACCCUCGUUGUAGGCGUUAAUCGACCAUUGCAUUAAAAAAAAUCUGCAAAGGAAAAAGUUAAUCUAGUUUCUGGCAUAUUCGAAUGGAUGGAUGUUAUUAUUUCAAAUUUUGUGAGGACGUGCAAGGAAUUCAUCAAGAAAGUUCUCUGAAUCUUCAGUUGAAAGUGUGACAAAACAUUAAAUACUCUUUGAUCGUGAAGGAAGAGGUAGCCUCAGUUGAAGUAAUCUUUGACCAGAUGGAGGCCAAAAAGAUCAAGAAAACUGACCGCCACGUGUCAACCAAGCUACAGCCAAAGACAGUCGUUAAAGACAGGAAGAGAACUACGUCCUCGCAAUCCUCUUCGUCACGGCGUCCCUCACAGCAGAGGUCAAAGGCUAAGCCGCAGCCCGUACCAUCCGGGAGCAAUGCGGCGCGGGAACGUUCUCGAGUGAAGACGUUGCGGAUGGCCUUUAUGGACCUGCAGCGCUCCCUGCCGGCCGUGCCGCGCGACACCAAACUCUCCAAGCUGGACGUCCUUGUGCUGGCCACCACCUACAUCGCGCACCUGACUCGCGCCCUCUCCUGUCCGACUGCAGCAGUCCCUGGACAUCAGGCGACAGGUCACGGCGACCCCACUCCGACCCCGAAACGAAGGGGUCAUCGACCUGGCUGCGCAGGCUCCGGGUAUGAGAUGAGAAAGCACGGCGAGAAAGCAGCGGCAGCAGGGUGUGGCAUGAUUGGGUGUGCGCCUGCAGUCCCAUCGGGUGGCCGUCUGGCAGACACACACACCCAGGAUGAACCUACCCGGUCCGGUAGCAGCUGCCACCCUGUGUCUUCUCUGCGAGCUGACGGCUUUCUACAUCCGGUCAAAGUAAGAAUCAACUUCUGGUCAUAUUUUUUUACUAGCCGUUUGCCACAUAUAUCCCUUCCAUGAAUGACAACUGACUAGCUUUAUUAAUUCCAGUGGGCAAUUAAACCUGGGAAGUGUGCUCAGUUAUACAAAAAUAAAGACAAAACAAGGGCUGAUUACAAGGAUAAGGCUAGUGGUGCAUCACAUAAAAGAUAACAACACACAAUGCUACAUCCAGACCAUUCUUAAUAAACACCCACAAAAUCACACAUCCAAGUAACAAUUUAUUUGUGGUUUAGCAGCUGGACUGUAGAAGUUGUGGUUUAGCAGCUGGACUGUAGAAGUUGUGGUUUAGCAGCUGGACUGUAGAAGGUACAAACGAUUUCAAGUGCAUGUUAAUUCUGCAUACAGGUAUAGCAUAACGUUUAACGGAGCUCAGUAAAACAAAUUCUCCGGCUAGUAUACAUUCUGAUAUGGACUAAAUACUGAACGCCUUCCUGACAAUUUGCUGACCACAAAAGGAAGCUACACCCCUAUGCUUGACACCAAUUAGCUUAGAACAUAUAUUGACAAUAUUGUUCAAAUUGUUCUUAUCAUAGACAGUACAACCAGCAUAUGAAAUAAAAAAAGAUAAAAAAAACAUUUAACGAAUGACUGAUAAAGAAAAGACUUUAAACUUCAAAAAAGUUUACUUUAAAGACCAACUGAAAAACUGUUUAGCAAAGAAGGUACACUAUGAUGACCACGUACCCAGGCAGGUACCUUCAGGUGUCAACAAUCUCAACAUGUCUGUUGUAAAUUAUUGUGCAUUAACAACCACCUUUUAUUUUCCUAAGGUCUAUGCUCAUCUCUUAACUACAUUUAGUUCCAGAAAGUUCUUAUCAUACCAACAUAUAAAUUUGGAUAAUGAAUUGCCAUAUUCUUGCUUUGUGCCAGCAACAUAUUUAAUAAUGCGGUAUCAUAUGAGAAUUUAACAGUGUAACUAUUCUCCUCAGUUCUUCUGUAGCUGUCCACAUACAUGAUACACAACAAGAGUAAAGGAAGAAGCCUUGCAGAGAUCCAGUGCUUGUAAUAACAUCAGAAUAAUGACCAUUUACAAAAACCCUUUGAUGUCUGCAAGUAAAAAAAUCCAAUAUCCACAAAACCAAUUAAUGUUCGAGAUUAAAAUCAGACAAGUCUCUGUGCUAGCAAGUAUGGUUGUACUGUUUUCGAUGCAGAACUAUAAUCAGCUAAAAGCAGUAUAGAUUAUACCUUUGGGUUUUUUCCAAAUGCUUAUACAAUGUAAACAAAAUAAACAGCGAGGAAUCUUAACCCUGCCCUGUCUUGUAAGGAAAUUGCAGUGGCUCCAAUCUUCUCCCUACAGAUGUUAUGAUAAGAUCAUAAAAUGUCACUAAAUCAAAUGAGAGUGGAGCCCAGUGUCUAAAGCUUAACUGAUCACUUCUUUUCAAAAAUCACUCCCCUCUACCCACCACCCUCUUCUCUUGUAUUUGCUGAGACUAGCUAAAAUCAGCACCUGCAAAGAUUGAAUAGAAUUCCAACAAAAUUGUUGCUGCAAAGUGCAGAACAAGUUCUUAAAAUUCAUUUCAAUCAACUUCAUGAAACUGCCCUAAGCUGGUAAGUUUUUAGGCAUUAAUUAGUGCUAAGAAAAGGACUCUUCACUUUAUCCUUUUUUUCAUUUGGUAUGGUCUCGCAUU